AAAUAAAUGUUAAAUGCAGUAGGAUACACUGGUCUAUAUCACCGAGAUAAAGGGGAGGACGGGAUUUGUGAUUUGCCCCAUCUAGUGCUUAGAGAAAUUUGUAAAUAUAACUCCAUGUUGCUAAUACAUAUUUUUUGCCCCCCAGAGUCCUUACGUCCCGAGUAUUUUAAGGAAAGUACUGCUAUUUAGCACUUUGAUACAACAAACACUCGGACCGGACAAUUCUCCAUCGCAUACGCGCACGUUUUAUUUGUUUGCGCGGCACCCACUGUGGAAGACGCGCACACCUGGGGCGCACCUGACCCACCUGGCCCACCUUCGCGCGGCCGUGGCUGCAGCGUCGUGCGCGGUCCCGCCGCUCGCUGUCCAGCGCGCAUGCGCCACCCGCUCGAGCCACAGCACCGUCAUGGCGGAGGCGAGCGCACGCAGGAGGUGAAGCAGGAAGAGAUGUGGUCGAAGGCGGCUCGGACUCGCCGUUCCCCCGCCGCGCUCGCGUGACACCAGCUGUCAGCGGUCGUUUCGUCCCCACCCUCCGCCGCCGCGGACUCGCGCUGCCUUUUCCGGGACGUCUCGCGCUCACACGGCUGCACCUGAGGUUAUAUAUCAAGUUUCACUCUGUGGAAGAGUUGACUUGGAGCGGACGGCUCGCGCUUGCGCUUGCGCGCGCGCUCCCGCUCCCAUCUGCACUGGUGGUGAAGACUGGUCUGCUGCAGCAGCAACAGCUCACCUGUGCGGGACUCACGGAGGACUCGCUCGGUCGGUCGGUCCGUCCGCCCACCCAGGUUCCGUGAAGGACUCAUCAUUAGGACUCGCAGCGCAUUCAUUCGACGAUUCGUACGACGCUUCGCUUCCUUUUCGGCAUCGAAGAGACCUACGGCACGAGGCACCGAGCGGAGCGCGCUCUCACCCGGCCGGCGGCACCACCGGGCUCUGAAACUAAAGGACUCUUCUUCCGGCUCUCAGUCUCACUCUCAGUCAUCAGAACUCAUCAUCGAGGUCUCGAACCACGUGCGGAAUCCACACAGGAGUUCCAGGGCUUUCAUAAAGAGGACCUCUCACACACAGGACUCCUUUGGCGUUCAGAGCAUUUUUGAUUUGUAGAGGACUCGACCGUCGACGCUCGUGAGUCGUGUCUCGUCUCAUUCAAGCAGCAGAUUCGUUCAGGACUCAUGCUGCUCUUGGGUUAGUCUUGCAUUGGGAUGACUGUCGCCGGCACGUUCACCUGUAGACCGUCACCCUAAACGGGACAAGUCGGCGAUCGGAGCCAUCUUCCGGCGAUUUCCGCCCCUCGCUCAAUAGUUGUCUUACCUUCGGAGGUCACCGGUUCCCCGACAGCCAUGGCUAGCGAAGAGGGUCCGGCUCCUGCUGCCGUAGGAGACGAAGGGAAGGAGGGAAGGCCGGGUGUCGUGCCCCUGAAUCCCGGGGUCCCCAUCAGGGGCAUCAAGAUGAAGUUUGCUGUCCUGGCUGGCCUGGUGGAGGUCGGUGAUGUCUCCAGCCGGGACAUCGUGGAGACCGUCUUCAACCUAUUGGUAGGUGGCCAAUUUGACUUGGAGAUGAACUUCAUCAUCCAGGAGGUGGAGAGUGUGAGCUGCAUGGUGGAGUUGCUGGACCAGUGUGAACCCACCUGCCAGGCUGAGGUGUGGAGCAUCUUCACGGCCAUCCUAAAGAAGAGCAUCCGCAACUUACAGGCCUGCACGGAAAUGGGUCUGAUCGAGCAUGUGCUGGCGCGCAUUGACAAGGUGGACAGCAUGAUUGCUGAUCUGAUGGUUGACAUGUUGGGUGUACUAGCCAGCUACAGCAUAACGGUGAAGGAGCUCAAGGUGUUCUUCAGUAAACUGCAGGGAGAGCAUGGGCAAUGGCCCCCCCAUGCUGUGAAGCUGCUCUCAGUUCUGAAGUCCAUGGCCCACCGCAGUGGUCCGGACUCUUUCUUCAGCUUCCCAGGGAAAAGUGCAGCGGCCAUUGCUCUGCCCCCCAUUGCCAAGUGGCCUUAUCAGAAUGGCUUCACCUUCCAUACCUGGCUAAGGAUGGACCCCAUUAAUAACAUCAACGUUGACAAAGAUAAGCCUUACUUGUACUGCUUCCGCACUAGCAAGGGCCUUGGCUACUCUGCCCACUUUGUGGGAGGCUGCUUGAUUGUGACCUCGCUGAAGUCCAAGGGGAAAGGCUUCCAGCACUGCGUGAAGUAUGACUUCAAACCGCAAAAGUGGUACAUGGUGACCAUAGUGCACAUCUACAACCGCUGGAAGAACAGUGAGAUCAGUUGCUACGUGAAUGGAGAGCUGGCCUCGUAUGGGGAGAUCACGUGGUUUGUCAACACCAGUGAUACAUUUGAUAAGUGUUUCCUGGGUUCCUCGGAGUCAGCAGACGCUAACCGGGUAUUCUGUGGCCAGAUGGGUGCAGUGUAUCUCUUUAGCGAAGCCCUAAGUGCAGCCCAGAUCCUUGCUAUUUAUCAGCUGGGACCUGGGUAUAAGGGCACCUUCAAAUACAAGGCCGAGAGCGACCUGCUGUUUGCUGAGCACCACAAGAUGCUCUUGUAUGAUGGCAAGCUGUCCAGCUGCAUUGCCUUCACCUAUAACCCGCGGGCCACCGAUGCCCAGCUCUGCCUUGAGUCCUCUCCCAAGGACAAUGCCUCCAUCUUUGUGCACUCCCCUCAUGCGCUCAUGCUCCAGGAUGUGAAGGCGGUGGUGACCCACUCUGUCCAGAGUGCUAUCCACUCCAUUGGGGGCAUACAGGUGCUAUUCCCCCUGUUUGCACAGCUGGAUUACCUACAGCCUGCCAGCGAUGAGCUGGAUACCUCCGUGUGCUGCACAUUACUCUCCUUCAUCAUGGAGCUCUUGAAGAACUCAGUGGCCAUGCAGGAGCAGGUCCUGGCCUGCAAGGGCUUCCUGGUCAUUGGCUACGCGCUGGAGAAGUCUUCCAAGGUCCACGUGACCCGGCCUGUGUUGGAGAUUUUCCUGGCCUUCGCCCGGUACCUGAGUAACCUGCAGAAUGGUGUGAUGCUACUUAAGCAGCUGUGUGACCACAUCCUCUUCAACCCAGCCAUCUGGAUUCAUGCCCCUGCCAAGGUGCAGCUGAUGCUCUACACUUACCUGUCCACGGAGUUCAUCAGCACAGUGACCAUCUACAAUGCCAUCCGCAGAGUGGGCACAGUGUUACAGGUCAUGCACACCCUCAAGUACUACUACUGGGUGGUGAACCCACAGGACCGCAGCGGGGUCAUUCCCAAGGGUCUAGAUGGUCCCAGGCCCAGCCAGAAGGAGAUCCACUCUCUGAGAGCUUUCCUGCUCUUGUUUGUCAAACAGCUCAUAAUGAAGGACUACGGAGUGAAGGAGGAUGAGCUGCAAAGUAUUCUCAACUAUCUCCUGACCAUGCACGAGGACGACAACCUAAUGGAUGUUCUCCAGCUGCUUGUGGCACUGAUGUCGGAGCAUCCCGGCUCUAUGGCACAGGCCUUUGACCAGCGCAGUGGAAUACGAGUCAUCUAUAAACUGCUGGCAUCCAAAAGUGAAGGGAUUCGCGUGCAAGCUCUCAAAGUCAUGGGCUAUUUCCUGAAACAUUUACCUCCCAAGAAGAAGGCGGAGGUGAUGCUGAGUCAUGGGCUCUUCUCAUUGCUGUCGGAGCGCCUCCUGCUGCACACCGGGCAGUUCUCCCUCACCACCUACAACGUCCUCUUUGAGAUCCUCACGGAGCAGAUCUGCACUCAGGUGCUCCACAAGCAGCACCCAGACCCUGACUCCAGCGUGAAGAUCCUGAACCCUCAGAUUUUGAAAGUGAUCGCCACCCUGCUGAAGAACUCGCCUCCCACCCCCGAGAGCUUGGAGGUGCGCAGGAUCUUCCUGUCCGACAUGAUCAAGCUGUUCAACAACAGCCGUGAGAACAGGAGGAGCCUCCUGCAGUGCUCUGUGUGGCAGGAGUGGAUGCUCUCCCUCUGCUACAUCCACCCCAACAGCAGCGAGGAGCAGAAGAUCACCGAGAUGGUGUACGCCAUCUUCCGCAUCUUACUCUACCAUGCCAUAAAGUAUGAGUGGGGUGGCUGGCGCGUGUGGGUGGACACCCUCUCCAUCACCCACUCGAAGGUUUCAUUUGAACAGCACAAGGAGAACCUAUCUCGUAUGUUUCGAGAGUACCAGCGUCUGGGCUUAGACUCUGGUGCAUCAGCCCCUAUCAGGACAGUGUCUGGAGUGAGCCAGGACACAGAGGCCCUGACUCAGUCCAAUGGCAAGGAUCCAGAUCUGUCCAGUGCUGAGGAAAAGGCGCCGUCCACUGUCAUUGAGCUACAUGUGGAGGACAGAGAGGAGGGGGAGCAAGCCCAGGCGCCGGUCACUGUGUCUAACAUCUUGGACAGGACAGACGAGGAGCCCGGUGAAGCAACGUGUGGCCUGGAUCAAGUGAGAACACCUACUAGUAGCGAAGCAGGAAAAACUCAUUCUGUAGGAGCACUAACAGAUGGGAGGACUACAGAAAGUGCAGAGUUAAACCCUACUGCUGAAACUGUGGAGCAGAUUGUAGACAAAGAUGAAGCUGAGGGCAGAGAUGACAGAGUGGAAGCUGAAGCUAGGAAAACAGAGGCUGCUGAAGCCAAGGCUGAACGUGGAACCGAGGAUGCUGACAGCAAAUUGGAAGCUGAUGUUGAGUCCACCUUAGAGGAAGCUCUGAAGGAGGCCAUGAUGGACAAGCCUUCCAGCAAAAGUUCUAGCACAGCAGAACCUGGAGGAGACAUCUCGUCUAUCAGUGAUCAGGUGAAGGUGAGUGACGACAGCCCAGAAGAUUCCUCCUUUGUGUCAGCAGCGGCGACUGCUGGUGAAGAGGAGGAGGAGGAGGAGGAAGUGGGGGAAAAGGGGAAGGAAGUGGAGAAGACAGCCAUUGAGGAAAAGCCUUGUGGUGAUGAUGAUGAUGAUGGUAAGUCUGUUGUAGAGAACCAGCAGCUGAGUAGUGUGACAGCCGAGGAACAGCCGAGAGAAGAAGUGGCCAGCAAGGCAAUUGCAUCUGUGGCAAAGGCUGACCAGGAGACUCUGACUGAUACAGAGGGUGGGGCGGUCAAAGGACCUUCAGAGAUAACGGAAUCGUCUGACCCUCUGUCUGAGAAGACACUUGAGCCCCCCCGCAAUGAUGGUUGGAAAGAGUCUUCAGGGGCUACCAGUAAUGCCACAGUGAAGACCAAGGAGAUGAAGAUUGCCAGGCUGGAUGUGUCUAGUGUGGCCUCUGACACAGAAAGGCUGGAGCUGAAGGAACAUCCAUCUGUGGACGCCAGCCAAACGCAGGCAGCAAGUUCCAGUAAUUCUGGCUCUGGCAAGGCUGAGUCAUCUUCAGCAAGGUCCACCAUGUUCCGUAUCCCAGAGUUCAUGUGGUCACAUAUGCACCAGCGCCUGCUGACAGACUUGCUCUUCUCCAUCGAGACUGACGUGCAGAUGUGGAGGAGCCACUCCACUAAGACGGUGAUGGACUUUGUCAACAGCACAGAGAAUGUAGUGUUUGUGCACAACACGGUGCACCUGGUGUCACAAGUGGUAGACAACCUCAUCAUGUCCUGUGGGGGAAUCCUGCCCCUGCUGUCUGCUGCCACCUCCUCUACGCACGAGUUGGAGAAGAUUGAGCCGUCUCAGGGUCUGUCAGUGGAAGCUUCCAUCACCUUCAUGCAGAGGCUUAUCAGCUUGGUGGACGUACUCGUCUUUGCCAGCUCCCUCAACUUCACUGAGAUUGAAGCGGAGAAGAACAUGUCAUCAGGAGGCAUUCUUAGGCAAUGCCUUCGUCUGGUGUGCGCCGUGGCUGUCCGGAACUGCCUUGACUCCCAGCAGCACUCUUGCAUAAAGGCGGGUGCCGACCCCAGCCGCACCCAAAAGACCACCCAGGCCCUCGGGGGAGCUGGGAAAGCUGCUCCCACUGCACAGAGCCCUGUGGAUGCAGUGACGGGAGGCAUGUCUCCCAUGAGGGACUUGGACCGCGUGUUGCAGGACAUGGACAUAAACCGACUCCGCGCUGUGGUCUUCAGAGACAUUGAGGACAGCAAGCAGGCCCAGUUCCUGGCCUUGGCUGUCGUCUACUUUAUCUCUGUCCUCAUGGUGUCCAAGUACCGUGACAUCCUGGAGCCUCAUAACGAGAAAAGGCAUGCUCAUAAUAGUGGAGAGGAGAGUCAGGCUGGCAGAUCUGACCUGGACAAUGGCGUGCCGCUACGGAGAAGGGACUCGGGGAUCGGAGAUGAGCAGGCCUCCAUUGCUGCAGGGGAUGUGGAGCCAGUGGCAGAAGGUGUAACGUCUGGCCCAGAUGCCAUUAGCGAGGUGCUCUCCACCCUGUCCUCAGAGGUGAAGAGAGGCCAGGAAAGCAAGAAUGUCAACGUGAAGGACAUUCUGCGCAGCUUGGUCAGCGGUCCGACUGAUGACAUCACAGUGGACUCCACCCUCCUGCCUGCCACCUUUCUGGGGGCCGUUGGGGACGCUGGCCGUGAACAAUCGGUGCAGUUUCGCUCCUUUGACAGGAGUGUUGUGGUGACCCCUAGGAAACCUGGGGCAGGUCCAUCGUUGGGAGCUGUGUCCUCUGCAGUGGCUCUCCCAGCUACCACAGCUGUUGCUCCUGGGGGGAUGCCCGAGAGUGUUGCCAUUGUAUCCUCUGAUGCUGCUGCCCCGGGUACCGUGAGUGAGCCAGCAGUCGAUGCCGGCUCUGUGGGCACAAACCUGCCAUCUGUCCCUGGAGUAUCCCCCAUGACCCGCAACUUACCGUCCAGCAUGAGUAUCUCAGAGAGACUGGAACAUUCCCUGGAAAAGGCGGCCCCCUUGCUGAGGGAGAUCUUUGUGGAUUUCGCCCCUUUCCUGUCACGUGCACUCCUAGGCAGCCAUGGGCAGGAGCUGCUCAUCGAGGGGACCAGUCUAGUGUGCAUGAAGUCUAGCAGCUCUGUGGUGGAGCUGGUCAUGCUGCUGUGCUCUCAGGAAUGGCAGAACUCCAUCCAGAAGAAUGCCGGUCUGGCCUUUAUCGAGCUCAUCAACGAGGGGAGGCUGCUGAGCCACACCAUGAAGGACCACCUGGUGCGUGUAGCCAAUGAGGCUGAGUUCAUCCUGAGCCGCCAGCGCGCUGAAGACAUCCAGAAGCACGCCGACUUUGAGUCCCAGUGUGCCCAAUAUGCCGCAGAGAAGCGUGACGAGGAGAAGAUGUGUGACCACCUGAUCCGUGCAGCCAAGUACCGCGACCAUGUCACUGCAACUCAGCUCAUCCAGAAGAUAGUCAACAUCCUAAUGGACAAGCACGGGGCAUGGGGGAGCUUGGCUGUGAGACGUCCCCAAGAGUUCUGGCGCCUGGACUACUGGGAGGACGACCUGCGCCGCCGGCGACGUUUCGUACGAAACCCCUUUGGGUCCUCGCACUCCGAGGCCACUCUGCGAGACGCUCUGGAGCACGCUCCGGAGGAGGAGGACGUCCUCAGGGGCGGCCGCUCCAUCCGCAGCCCCGCGCUGGGGAACCAGAACUCGGACAGCGAGCUGGUGCUGGACGGAGACGAGGACACACUGUCCAGCCUGGAGGACAAGGAGCUGGACAGCCUCACAGGCCCAGUGAACCUGAGCACGACAGCCCAGCUGGUCGCCCCCGCCCUGGUGGUCAAGGGGACCCUGUCCAUCACCGCCUCCGAGUUCUACUUCGAGGUGGACGAGGAGGACCCUUCCUUCAAGAACACUGACCCAAAGAUCCUGGCCUACACAGAGGGCCUGCAUGGGAAAUGGCUCUUCACCGAAGUGCGGGCGCUCUUCUCCCGCCGAUACCUGCUGCAGAACACCGCUUUGGAGAUCUUCCUUGCCAACAGGAUGGCUGUCAUGUUCAACUUCCCAGACUCAGCCACGGUGAAGAAGGUGGUCCACUGUCUGCCCCGGGUGGGUGUGGGAACCAACUUUGGGCUCCCCCAAACCAGGCGCAUCUCUCUGGCCAGCCCCAAGCAACUCUUCAAGGCAUCGAACAUGACCCAGCGCUGGCAGCGUAGAGAGAUCUCCAACUUUGAGUACCUCAUCUUCCUCAACACCAUCUCCGGUCGGACAUACAAUGACUUGAACCAGUACCCGGUGUUCCCCUGGGUCAUCACCAAUUAUGAAACGGAAGAGCUCGACCUGACGCUGCCCAGCAAUUUCAGGGAUCUGUCCAAGCCCAUCGGCGCUCUCAACCCCAAGAGGGCGGCGUUCUUCACAGAGCGCUUUGAGACCUGGGAGGACGAACAGGUGCCCAAAUUCCACUAUGGGACCCACUAUUCCACCUCCAGCUUCACCCUGAUGUGGCUCAUCCGGAUUGAGCCCUUCACCACAUUCUUCCUCAACCUGCAAGGGGGCAAGUUUGACCAUGCUGACCGGACCUUCUCCUCAAUAUCCAGAGCCUGGAGGAACUGCCAGAGGGACACUUCCGACGUGAAGGAACUGAUCCCUGAGUUUUAUUAUCUUCCGGAGAUGUUUGUCAACUCCAAUAACUACAACCUGGGAGUGAUGGAAGACGGAACGGUGGUGUGCGACGUUGAGCUGCCUCCCUGGGCCAAAACCCCGGAAGACUUUGUGCGCAUAAACAGGAUGGCUCUGGAGAGUGAGUUCGUCUCCUGCCAGCUGCACCAGUGGAUUGACCUCAUCUUCGGGUACAAGCAGCAGGGGCCGGAGGCCAGCCGGGCGCUCAACGUCUUCUACUACCUGACCUACGAAGGCGCCGUCAACCUGGGGGCCAUCGGCGACCCCGUGCUGAGGGAGGCUGUUGAAGCUCAGAUCCGAAGUUUCGGGCAAACCCCCUGCCAGGUGCUCAUCGAACCCCACCCUCCGAGGAGCUCUGCCAUGCAGGUGUAUCUCCUCCUGCAGACGCCACUGAUGUUCACUGAGCAGAUGCAGCAGGAUGUCAUCAUGGUGCUCAAGUUCCCCUCCAACUCACCCGUGGCUCACGUGGCCGCCAACACACAGCCAGGCCUCUCGGCUCCCGCCGUCAUCACAGUCACUGCGAACCGCCUCUUCGCCGUCAACAAGUGGCAUGGACUGACUGGUCACCAAGGCUCAUCCACCCAGGACCAGCAGUAUCAGCUUCCCGUGGAGAUCGAUCCCCUGAUAGCCAGCAACGUCGGCACUCAUCGCAGACAGAUCACGGACCUCCUGGACCAGAGCAUCCAGGUUCACCCGCAGUGCUUCGUCAUCACCGCCGACAACCGCUUCGUCCUUGUGUGCGGCUUCUGGGACAAGAGCUUCCGCGUCUAUUCGACCGACACGGGGAAGCUCACCCAGAUCGUGUUUGGCCACCGCGACGUGGUCACGUGCCUGAGCCGCUCCGAGUCCUAUAUUGGGGGAGACUGCUACAUCCUCUCGGGCUCCCGGGAUGCCACGCUGCUCCUCUGGUACUGGAACGGGAAGAACUGCAGCAUUGGCGAGAACAUGACGGAGUUCGUGACCCCCAGAGCCAUCCUGACAGGGCACGACUGCGAGAUCACCUGUGCCAGCGUCUGCGCGGAGCUCGGCCUGGUUGUCAGCGGCUGCAAGGAGGGCCCCUGCUUGAUCCACUCCAUGAAUGGUGACCUCCUGCGGACAUUGGAGGCCCCAGUGGGCUGCCUGCAACCCCGGCUCAUCCAGGCAUCCACAGAGGGCCACUGCGUGAUCUACUACGACCGUGGCCAGUUCUGUGUCUUCAGCAUCAAUGGCAAGGAGCUGGGGCACAUGGAGGUGGACGAGAGCAUCAGGGCCAUGCUGCUGAGUCGCGAUGGACAGUACCUGCUUACAGGGGGCGACGGAGGAGUGCUCACCGUCUGGCGGGUGCAUGACCUCAAGCAGCUGUUCACUUACCCCGGGUGCGAUGCUGGAAUCCGCUCCAUGGCUAUGUCACAUGACCAAAGGUGCAUCAUCACAGGUAUGGCCUCCGGGAGCAUAGUGCUCUUCUACAACGACUUCAACAGGUGGCACCACGAGUACCAAACGAGGUACUGAGUGGCCUGGGGGGGGUCACAGAUGUGGACAUGGUCCUGCGUUCCUGCCACGUGUUGUUACAAGCACUACUCAAAAUGCAUAUUGAAUUCCUGAAUGUAUCUGAAAUACUAUCAAAAGAGGCAAACUAUUUUUAAAUGGGCAUUGCUAUAUUUUGUAGAUCCUAUUAAUGUUUCGUAUUAUGAAUUUGGGGUUGGGUUAUAUAUCUAUUUUUAGCUGUAAAAAUCUAUUUUCAUCUCUGUGAGGAAAAUAAGGGUUUGAUUGCUCAAUAGUUAGAUAAUUAUAUUUGCAUCGGUUUUCUUUAAAAAAAAAAAAAAAUCCAUAUAUUUGUGUAAUUUGGGGAAGUGAUUUCGAUAUGUGUGAUACAAAAAAAAUGACUAUUUGUGUUUGAUCUUUAUUUUUCAUGACGUUUGUACUUUUGUCUGCUACUGAAAGACACCCUGGCGAUAGCAAUAUAAGAUGAGAGAUGGUGUGUGCUUUUUCUCAGCCGUUGGGACAGCGCAACCAUUUUUAACCCUCUGCUUGAUCCACUAAUCAGAAGGAGCCACUGUGAUUUAUCCCUGACUGUUUCCCAGGGUGCAGAUUGAGGGGGUUUGAGUCUGACGAAGAGGGUCUAGGGUCACAAACCAUAAUAAAACUACUUCAAAACCAUGUUAAACAUCAGCAAGUAGCAUUUCAAAGUGAUGAGAAAACACCCCUGCAGAGCAUUCCGUGUGACAGGUCAGUGGUUGGUCCACCCAGACAGAAACUAAAAAUCCUCCUGCCGUCUACAACACCGCAGACACCGCAGCAGAAGCUCUAUGUCAGCGUUCUUCGGCACUUUGCUCUCAUGGAGCAGCGAACAAUGGACCACCUUUGUGUAAGACCACAGUGUUCUGAGGGGGUCCGACCCAAACAUGGGCGGCUCACAUUCCAGUUGAGCUCUGCGUGCUCAUGAUGGACGGGUCCAUGACUGCCGUCACACCGCAUCUACUGCCUUUUCACGUAUCGUCAGCAAUGCAUCGCAAUCUGUUCGGAAUGAAAGUCUAUUGACGUGUGAUGAGUUUAAAAACAAUAAAAUGUUGUUUGUAACUGAAAAA